AUGGUAAAAGAGAAGAAGUUUUACGAAAUUCUUGGUGUGGAGCCGUCGGCAACCGAAAGUGAACUAAAGAAAGCGUAUCGAAAGUUAGCACUCAAAUAUCAUCCUGAUAAAAAUCCAAGUGAAGGCGAACGUUUCAAGGCAAUAUCACAAGCUUACGAGGUGUUAUCAGAUCCAAAGAAACGGCAAAUCUAUGAUGAGGGUGGCGAGGAAGCACUCAGCGGCGCCGGUGGCGGAGAGAGUUUCCACAAUCCGAUGGAUAUAUUUGAUAUGUUCUUUGGAGGU